AUGUCGAGCUUGCGCAUCUUGAGCUUACCUGAUGGCCAAAUAGGAGGUGACAUUCCGAGUGAGAUUGGCAAGUUGGUCAAUUUGAAUUUAAUGAUCCUUGAGGGAAAUCUGCUAACGGGCGAAGUGCCUCAAGAGAUUUUUAACAUUUCUUCGUUACGAGUGCUUUCUUUGAUGGACAAUUCACUCUCCGGAAGCCUUCCCUCAAGUAGCGAACUAAGCCUUCCGAAUUUGGAAGAAGUCCAUCUAUCACUAAAUAGCCUUGGCGGCAACGUCCCACAAUAUAUUUCGAAUUAUACGAACCUAAUUAUUUUCAAUGCUGCUUUAAAUCAACUUAGCGGACCGAUACCCAUGAGUUUGGGCAACUUGAAGAACCUCAGAAGCUUCGCGGUUUCGUCAAAUCAGCUCACAGGAGAGCCUUAUCAUUCAAAGCUUAGUUUUCUAUCGGCCUUAUCAAAUUGCCAAUCUCUCCAAACCUUGGAUCUGGGAGAAAACCCGCUUCACGGCUCCAUACCAAAAUCUAUCAAAAACUUCUCCAGUUCCUUACGAACUCUACUCGCUCAAGAUUCUCAAAUAAGAGGUCGCAUUCCUGAGGAAAUGGGUUUCUUGAAGAGAUUGACUUUUCUAGCAUUGAGCAAUAACAAUCUAGUCGGCAACAUCCCAUCGUCAAUCGGAGGAUUAGAAAGCUUGCAAAGGCUAUAUGUUGAUAACAACCAUCUCGAAGGACCGAUCCCCAAUGAGAUAUGCUACUUGCCAAAUUUAGGAGAAUUGGUGCUCUGGCAAAAUAGGAUAUCGGGAUCGAUCCCGAAUUGCAUUGGAAACCUCAGCAGUCUUCAAAACUUUCUCCUAAGUUCGAAUAACAUGACAUCAAUUAUACCGGUUAGUCUGUGGAGCCUUCAAGAACUUAUCUUCCUUAAUCUGUCACUCAAUUCUUUCAAUGGAGGACUACCACUUGAAAUAGGAAAAAUGAGAGCUAUGAACAGCAUUGAUCUUUCUUGGAAUCAACUUACCGGCACCAUACCAAGUUCCAUCCAAGAAUUGGAGAGCCUUGCUUCUCUCAAUUUGUCAGGGAACUCAUUUCAAGGAUUGAUACCGCAAUCAAUCGGCAACCUUAAAGGGUUGGACUUCCUUGAUCUCUCCCACAAUGAGUUAUCUGGCGCAAUACCUAAGUCCAUGGAAGGACUUAGAUAUCUGCAAAAUUUGAACUUGUCCUUUAACAAGCUAUCAGGAGCAAUUCCUAAUGGUGGGCCCUUUGGAAAUUUCUCGGCUCUCUCAUUCAUUGGGAAUGAAGCACUUUGUGGAAAUGCUAUUUUUCAAGUCCCACGUUGCAAAGUAAAUGGAAAGAAAUCAUCAAGGGACAAGAAGCUCCAUUUACUAUACAUUAUGGCGCCAAUUGUAUCAGCUGUACUUUUAGUCUUUGUCAUUUGCUUGCUUAGAAAGCAUGGGAACACUGGCAAAAAAGCUUCAGUUUUGGUGGAGAACCCACCUGGAAUUGACCACCCGAUGAUAUCAUAUCGGGAGCUUUGCUCGGCUACUAACAACUUUAGCGAAUGCAAUUUGCUUAGAGAGGGAAGCUUUAGCUCUGUAUACAAAGGAACUCUAGCCAAUGGGAUGGAUGUCGUAGUCAAAGUACUGAAUCUCCACAUUGAAGGCGCCCUAAAAAGUUUCGAUGUAGAAUGCGAGGUUUUCUGCAAGAUCCGACACCGGAAUCUACUCAAGGUGAUCAGCACCUGCACGAAUGCCGAUCUAAGAGCUUUGGUGCUGCAAUACGUGCCCAAUGGGAGCUUGGAGAAGUGGCUUUACUCCAACAACUACAACUUGGGUCUCCAUCAGUGA